CGCCCUCGGCCGGCGAGGCGUCGCCGCUGCCCUCCGAGCCGUCGGCCGCCUCCGUGGGCAGCAGCCGCCUGCAGCUCAGCACUUCGCUCGCCUUCUCCGACCUCACCGAGGAGCUGCUCGACGGCGGCCACGACGGGCUGCUCCGCGAGCUCGACGACCUGCGCUCCGAGAAUGACUAUCUCAAGGACGAGAUCGAGGAGCUGCGUGCGGAGAUGCUGGAGAUGCGGGACGUCUACAUGGAGGAGGACGUCUACCAGCUGCAGGAGCUGCGGCAGCAGCUGGACCAGGCCAGCAAGACCUGCCGCAUCCUGCAGUACCGGCUGCGCAAGGCGGAGCGCCGCAGCCUGCGCGUGGCGCAGACCGGGCAGGUGGACGGCGAGCUCAUCCACAGCCUCGAGCAGGACGUCAAGGUGGCCAAGGAUGUCUCCGUGCGGCUCCACAACGAGCUGGAGGCAGUGGAGAAGAAGAGGAUCAGGCUGGAGGAGGAGAACGAAGACCUGCGCCAGAGGCUCAUCGAGACAGAGCUGGCCAAGCAAGUGGUGCAGAACGAGAUGGACAAGCUCCGAGAGAAUUCCUUGAAGAAAAGGGGGUCUCGUUCCGUCGGGAAGACUGAGAAGAAGCCCUCGGUGCAGGAGGACAGUGCAGACCUCAAGUGUCAGCUGCAUUUUGCCAAGGAAGAGUCGGCGCUCAUGUGCAAGAAGCUGACCAAGCUGGCCAAAGAGAACGACAGCAUGAAGGAGGAGCUGGUCAAAUACAGGUCCUUGUAUGGGGACCUCGACAGCUCCCUGUCCUUGGAGGAGCUCGCCGACUCUCCCCACUCCCGGGAGGCCGAACUCAAAGUCCACCUGAAGCUCGUGGAGGAGGAGGCCAAUAUCCUGAGCCGGAGGAUAGUGGAGCUGGAGGUUGAAAACCGUGGGUUGCGGGCGGAGAUGGAUGACAUGAAGGGUCAGGGGGACAAAGAGCUCCUCGGACAGGACAUUCGGUUCCUGUCGUCCCCCUCGAACUGCGGGGACUCCGGGGAGAGUCUUGUGGAGCUGAGACGGCACCUGCAGUUUGUGGAGGAGGAGGCCGAUCUGCUGAGGCGGUCGCUGAUGGAGCUGGAGGACCAGAACAAGCUCCUCAUGAACGAGCUGAAUAAGUACAAGUCUGACCACGACCUGGACAUCACGUUGUCGGAGGACAGCUGCUCGGUGAUCAGCGAGCCCUCGCAGGAGGAGCUGGCCACGGCCAAGGUGCAGAUCAGCGAGCUGAGCGGCAAGGUGAAGAAGCUGCAGUACGAGAACCGCGUGCUGCUCUCCAACCUGCAGCGCUGCGACCUGGCCUCCUGCCAGACCACCAGGCCCAUGCUGGAGACCGACGCCGAGGCCGGAGACUCGGCACAGUGCAUCCCCACCGAGCUCUGGAGGGACGGGCCCGUCGGCGGCGAGAACGAUGCCCAGGAAAGGAUGCCUGGCAGCGGGAAGGCUCCGGACGGCAGCCCCACCAAGCUGCUCAAGUCCAAGGACUUUGAGACCCUGCUGGGCAUCCGGGACCAGGCAGCGCUCGUCAGCAAAGCCAUCGACGUCUUGAUUUCGGACACCAACGGCUUCACGUCCAGCCUCAAGCUGUGCCUGGACAACGAGAGCGUGGGCGGGAUGCUGAGCGAGGCCGUGGACAACAGCAGCGAGAGCCCCAGCGACGCCAAGCUCCUGAAUGUGCUCGUGAUGAGGCUCGGCGUCCUGCAGCAGGACCUGGGCUGCUUCAUGAGGAAGGUGGACCACCUCGCUGACUGCCUUAAGGAGCAGACAGACUCCUUCCCCUUCUCUGGCCCCAGCGGCCAGGACUCCACCAAAGAGACACUGCAGAAAGAGCACGGCUCCGACUUCCAGCAGCCUGAUUUUAGGGACGCCGACCCUUACCGCCUCACCCACGCCAAGGACACGGACACCGGCACUGCGCAUCCCCGGAGCUACAAAACCUGCCGGCCUGAUGAGAACGACUCCUACGCCUCCGAGAUGAAGGAGCUGCAGCUGGUGCUGGCGGAAGCCAACGAGAGCCUGCGGGGCCUGCAGGAGCAGCUCUCCCAGGAGAGGCAGCUGAGGAAGGACGAGGUGGACAACUUCUCCCAGAAGAUCUGCCAGCUGAAGGAAGACCACCAGAAAGCCCUCCUGAGGCGGGAGUUUGAGCUGCAGAGCCUCAACCUGCAGAGGCGGCUCGAGCAGAAGUUCUGGAGCCAGGAGAAGAACCUCCUGGUGCAGGAGUCCCAGCAGUUCAAGCAGAACUUCCUCCUGCUCUUCAUGAAGCUCAAGUGGUUCCUCAAGCACUGGCGCCAGGGCAAGAUCGUGCACAGCGAGGGCGAUGACUUCCUGGAGGUGAACAGCAUGAAGGAGCUCUACCUGCUCAUCGAGGAGGAGGAGCUCGCCCCGCAGCAGCAAGCAGACAACAAGACGUGCGCCGGAGACGCCUGGACCCCCAACUCGCCCCACGAGUGCGUCAAGACGCUGGCGGACAUGAAGGUGGUGCUGAAGGAGCUGUGCACGGAGCUGCGCGAGGAGCGCCGCGGCGCUCACGAGCUGCAGCAGCAGUUCACCAAGGCCAAGGCCGCCUGGGAGAUGGAGCGCGCCGAGCUCAAGUGCCACGUCGCCCAACUGGAGUCAAAGGCAGGCAAAGGGAUCGCGGAGCGAGCGCUGCCGGACUGGAAGGUGGCGCUGAAGAGGGAGCGAGAGGAGCACCAGCAUCUCCUGGCCGAGUCCUACAGUGCCGUCAUGGACCUCACCAAGCAGCUCCAGAUCAGCGAGAAGAACUGGAACCAGGAGAAGGUGGAGCUGCUGGCGCGGUUCAAGGAAGAGCAGCAGCAGGCAGAGCAGCAAGCAAAGGACCUGCAGAACAAAAUCAACCAGUUGCAGAAAGGAGCCAACCCUUGGGCUUUGAAGCACUCUGAAAUGGAGAAGCACGGCAGCAACUGGAAAGAGGCUCUCAAUGAAAAAAUCACAGACAAAGAGACAAUCUCUGAAGCAGACGCCAUGGGAACCAACUUAAAACGCACAAAGUCCGUUUCCUCCAUGUCAGAGUUCGAAAGCUUGCUCGACUGUUCUCCCUAUCUCCCUGGAAAGAGUGCGCCGGGGCUGGUCGACCAUUCCCGAGGCAAAAAGGCGUCUCCGGCUCCACAGCUGCUGCCCAACAGCAUCCGGGACAGCACCGGCCUCCCUCCCCCCAGCUGUACAUAUGUGAAUAUUGAGCAACCUGCCCCCGACAGCCUGGCCAAAGAGAAGCUGGGCAUCUCUUCUUGGGACUACUCUCGUGCAAGCAACCUCUCUGGGCACGACCCGUCCCAGAAGCAGAUGCAGAGGAGCUACACGGCACCCGACAAGACGGGCAUCCGCAUCUACUACAGCCCCCCUGUGGUCCGAAGGCUGGAGGCGCCUCUGGUCCACAACAAGGAGGGCAAGAUUAUGAUUGAACCUGGUUUCUUGUUCACGAUGGCCAAGCCGAAAGAGCCAGAGGAGUCGGACAGCGCUGAAAACACGUACAGCCAGUGGCUGUGCAACUUCUCCAAGCAGCACCGGGAGCUGCUGGACGGUGGUGCCGUGGAGAGCACGGUGCCCCCGGUGCCGCGGUUCCCGUCCUCCCUGCACGACCUGGAGAUCUCCGGCAACAUGAGCGAUGACAUGAAGGAGAUCACCAACUGCGUGCGCCAGGCCAUCCGCUCCAGCUCGCUGGAGAGGAAGGUGAAAAGCACCUCCAGCCAGACGGUGGGGCUGGCGAGCGUAGGGACACAGACCAUCCAGAUGGUGAGCGUGGGGCUGCAGACGGACCUGCCGCGGAGCAGCCUGCACAGCAAGAGCUGGUCCCCGCGCAGCUCCUCCCUCAUGUCUGUGCGCAGCAAGCAGAUCUCCUCCUCUCUGGAUAAGGUCCACUCCAGGAUUGAGCGGCCGUGCUGCUCUCCGAAGUACGGCUCCCCAAAGCUCCAGAGAAGAUCCUCCUCCAAGCUGGAUGCCACCAAGGACAGGAGCCUCUGGAACCUCCACCAGAGCAAGCAGAACGGCUCUGCCUGGGCCCGCUCCACGACGACUAGGGACAGCCCCGUCCUCAGCAACAUCAACGACGGCUUGUCCAGCUUGUUCAGCGUGGUGGAGCACUCCGGGAGCACGGAGUCCAUCUGGAAACCGGGCUGCCCAGAGAGCAGGGCCAAGCCCGAAGCCCCCAAGUAUGGCAUUGUGCAGGAGUUCUUCAGGAACGUCUGCGGGCGGGCGCAGAGCCCCACAGCCCCCGCCGAGAAGAAGGAGGCCGUCGGUGAGGAGGGCAGCAAGAAAGCGGAGCACCCCAGCCCUGCCGCCUAUCACCAGUCCGAAAACAUCUCCCGCAUCUUGAACAAGAAGGUCCUCAAGCAGAGCAGCUGUGAGGACCCCAAACCAUCGGCCCCAGGCCAAGGGAGUAAGGACACAACCCUGCGGGACCCGGACCUCAUCUCGGCUAUAGCCGGCGAGGACACGGCGUGCGACUGCAGCUCCCAGUCCCUCACGUCGUGCUUCGCCCGGCCGUCCCGCUCCGCCGUCCGCCACUCGCCGUCCAAGUGCAAACUGCACCCGUGCGAGCCCAGCCGGGCCGAGGAGAAGCCGGGGCCCUCCAGUGAGUGAGGGCAGAGGGAGGGCGCCAGGCCGAGCGUCUCCUUUCCGCUGCGCUGCGCGGAGAGCGCCCUUCGCGCCCGGCCGUGCCGCGCGAGCCGAGCUGGGAGCGCCCGCAUCUGCCUCCUAGCCGUUCCCUCGCCCGCGGGGACGCUUACGAAGCAGAUGUUGCGCUCGGGCCGGGCCGCCGAGGCUCCCGGGCGAGCCGCUGGCGCCGAGGAGCACGAGUGACGCCGUUCACGUCAGCGUGGGUAGCGGCAGGGC